CUUUGGCAGAUGAAGUUUGACCUGUUUAGGUCUGCCAUUGAUGUUAAAUAUCUGGGGUUGUCCGUUGGAAAUUCCAAGUAUGUUCUCAGCAAACCUGGAAAUAUGCAUGUCGGAAAGGAACCUGUUAAACUACAAGUUCUGAUCUUCAGACUUUUGGCUCCCCUGGACAAUAAAUAUUCAGGAAUCUGGAGUUGCUGAUUGAUCCAACACAGAGAAUAAUCCCAAAAAUGGAGGAAGGUUUAAGGAGACCAAUAUCCAGAGAUCACAUGAAUCAGUCCUCAUCUGAAAACUGGUUCAAGAGAAGACAGAAGUCAGCAGUAACAGACAAUUGGCAUGGCGGCGGACCAAAGGGACACAGUCUCAGUAGCGUCCAGCAGCCAAGAGGCAGCAACAGCCCACAAACUGACACGACCCGAAAAGAAUAUACACCUGAGAAUACAGGAAAGACAGUACAGCAUAGACCUGAGCCUUUUUCCCAUAACAGAAGAAUAAACAUGAGACCAGCAGACACAACCAAAAGAGGUUAUAGAGGGACUAGACCUUCUACAGCUCCAGAUGUGAGACACAAAUCAGGAGUAAUGAGCAGCAGCACGUUUGAAGUGAAGCUGUCUGAUUUUCCAGAACUGUGUGACGUUACAUCUAGCAACCCCAAAGCGGCCUUCAUUCAGGAACCUCGGACCUGCUGGGGUGCUGGCACCUCAGCAGCCCUUCAGGAUUCAAUAGGAGACCAAAAUAUCUGCCAGAACACGGAUACACCAGGAAAGAAAGGACCAAAACAAAAAUCGACUCAGCCAGUCACCUCAACAGAGAAAUGUGAUAAGACAUUGACUUCAUCACCAGGUCAGGAUUCUGGGCUUGAGUUACUCAACCCUUAUGGAUCACCAGCAACAUCCUGGGCUAAUAUUGCCUCUCAGCCUCCUAAAGUCAUCCAGAAAAGUCCUGCCGUACAUGAUGAAUCUACUCAGGUGGAAAAGUCUCAACAACAAGCAGAACAAACUGCUGAAAAAAAGAAAAGAAAGAAAAAGAAGAAAGCUAAAACAGCAUCUGAGGGCUUGGAGCAGCAGACAGAUGAUGUGCUAAUACAGCAGGAGCCUCCCAAGUUUGAAGAUGAAGAAGAGUUCCCAGACCUGACUUUCACUUUGGUUAGUCCACACAAAGGGCCAAGACAAACAUCAAACCCAGCAGUUCAGGAUAGCCCAGGCAUGUCUGAAAAAGAGGGGUCAUCUCUGCAGCCAGAGAGUGUAAAUAAGAGCAAAGCAACUCCUGAGAAGCUGGCCCCCACUGAUUCCAAGAAAGUACAGUCGGGGAGUCAGAAGAAGAGCAAAGCUCCUGUGCAGCUUGACCUGGGGAAUAUGCUGGCAGUUUUGAAGCAGAAGCAACAGUCUCAGAAGUCCAAACAAGAUGUUAAGCCUAUAACCCUUUCAGUUGGAGGAGCCUUACCAGUUGUUCACAAGGAACCAGUAGUUCACAAGAAGCAUCCAUGGCAGCAAGAGAGGAUAGCUCACAAUCCCUUGGACUCUACCUGUCCUCUGGUAAAAAAGGGAAAACAACGAGAGGUCCCUAAAGCCAAAAAGCCGACACCCCUCAAAAGAGUUAUUCUGAAAGAGAGAGAAGAAAGGAAACAGAACCGUCUGCUAGAGGAAAGAGACCCAGCUCGAAUGACCAGUGAAGAGGAUCAAAUAGAGGCACAUUCCAGCGAGAAUCCAGAAGAGGCCAGUGAAUCUAUAUGUAAAAAACUGACACAUGAUUUGGAUUUGACGGAAAGUGAGCACAGUGAGCAUGCUAUUGCAGAGGAGACUGAUCAAACAAGCUCGCAAGACAUGAGCACGGAUAUCACUGCAGAAGAAAAUGCACUUUCUAAAAGCUGGAAUCCAGAUUCCAACCCCAGUCGACCCAAAAUCCACAGCAGGAAAUUCAGAGAGUACUGCAGCCAGAUGCUGAGUAAAGAUGUAGACGAAUGUGUGACCACUCUACUGAAGGAACUGGUGAGGUUCCAGGAUCGGCUGUACCAGAAGGACCCUAUGAAGGCCAGGAUGAAGAGGCGGCUGGUCAUGGGCCUUAGGGAGGUUCUGAAACACUUAAAACUCAGGAAAGUCAAAUGUGUCAUCAUCUCUCCCAACUGUGAGCGUGUGCAGUCUAAAGGUGGUCUAGAUGAGGCUCUUCACACCAUCAUUGAUACUUGCCGGGAACAGGGUGUUCCCUUCGUAUUUGCUCUGUCAAGGAAGUCUUUGGGUCGUUGUGUGAACAAAGCUGUUCCUGUCAGCCUGGUGGGCAUCUUCAACUAUGACGGAGCACAGGACCAUUACCACAAAAUGAUUGAGCUCACAUCACAGGCCAGGAAAGCCUAUGAGGUGAUGAUUGCUAAUUUGGAGGUAACCUCACAGGAAGAGCAAGGAGAAGAGAACGAUACAGCACAGAACACAGAACCACCUGCAGAACUGCCUGCAGUAGAGGAGCCCGUAUACAUUAAAACUUGGAAGAAAAUGCUGGAAAAAGACUACAACCAUGAGUUCUUGGCUUUCGAGGAGCAGUUUUCAUCAGUUGCCAUCAGCACAGAUUCGGACGCACUGCCAGACGACCAUGACGGAAGUUGAUAUUCAUAGUUAUAUAACUGACUAGUAGCUUUUGUAUAGACUACAUUAUUACAUUAUGAAUUACUUCCUUUAUUGAGAUGAUUUAUCAUGUUUUUAUGGGAGUCAAUGUUUACAGAUUUGCACGUACAACCCUGUAUUAUGUGACUUUAACAUAUGAAAAUGUUAAUUCAAACUCUACUUAGUAGCAACACCACACCUCUCACUGCCGCAGGAAGGAUGUAAGGAAGCUAAUAAAGCACUUUCUCCCAGA